AUGCUUUUGAAGCACGGGGGCAGUCCUCCCCCAGCUGUGGCUGUGCACUCCCCUGGAAGCUCCACGGGGGAAUCCUGGAAGUCAGUCCCCCCCAUGCAGCAGCAGCAGCAGCAGCCCUCGGACCAGGGAGGGGUGGCCCCCUGUGAGCUCCCUUGCGAUGUGCUCGCUGCAUUCAUCUCGCCCGUGCAGCUGCCAUACUGCUCCCUUCCCCAGCAGCAGUCGCAGCAGCAGCAGCAGUUGCUGCUACGACACUCUGCCGUGCGGCCUUUUGAAGGCGCGUCUUCGCCAGUGCCUCCUGCGGGUUCAACAGAGGCGUCGAGGCAUCCAGAUGGGCGUGUCGGGCUAGAGGCCCCAGGAAGGGUCUCAUGGGGCCCCCUUGGGGGCCCCCCAGAGGAGGCGUCACGACGGGCACUGCCUAGCCACGCCUUUGGAGACGGCUGCUCAGAAGCCACGUCUGACGCAGCCCCUGCCGAUCGUGCAGCAGCCUUCAGAAAAGGCUCUCCAGCUGAGGCCGCUAGGGGGCCCAGGGGCCCCCCUUGGGGCCCCGUCGAACUCCCAAGCAGGGGCCCCCCUGGCCUCCUCGCCGUCGCCGCAUGGCUUGCAGCCCCCUACACAGCGCUGUCCCCUCAAGAAAAGGAAGCGCUGCUCCAGCAGCUGCAUCAGAACGAGCAAAUGCAGCAUCAAAUCCUCCGAAGCCUACAGCAGCAGCAAAGGCAGCAGCGACGCUGGAGGCGUCUGCUGGAAGCCUGUGAGGGACCGCCCCCCUCCCCAGUGAAUUCUCUCGAGGGUUCCUCGGCAGCACAGGCUGCGUUGCUGCCCUCUUCUGGAGCACUUUUUUCCACGCGGGUGUCUGCCUCGCAGCAAGGAGGGGCUCAGUUGUCUCUUAGAGAGCCUCUGGAGUCUUCUGAGAUCUCUCCGCAGACUGUCGCGGCAGCCGCUCCCACGGCUGCGGCCUGUGCGCCGUCUGGCGUUCCGGGGGCCCCCCCUCUAGGAAGGGGGGGGGCCCCCCCUAUUUGGGGCCUCUUUCCUUACGGGGGCAUGCAGGAACUCGCUGCCCCCCCGGCAAAGGCAGCAGCAGCAGCGGAGACUCCAACAGAGAGUUAUUGCCCCCCUCCCUCCGGGGAGCUGUCGACUAGCGCGGCGGCUGCUGCUCCUCCUCCUCAAGUUUCUUACGCGAUGCCUAGUGCGCUGUCGGGUCUGCAAGCUACCGCCUUGACGACUCCGGGGGAGACUUGCCCGCUCGCGUUUGCUGGGGAGGCUUUCGCGAGGGGAUGCCGCUCAGGAGCAGGAAAUGCCUUGCGGGGGCUUCCUGAGGGGCCCCUGCUGAGCGCGGAUACGCCUGUUGUUGAGCUGUCUGCUCAACAGUUCCAUGCUUCUCUGCCCGCUGUAGGCGCAGCAACAACAGGAGCAGAAACGAAAGGAGCAACAACGUCUUCACUUCCCUUUGCGUCCACGGGAGCAGCUGGGGUAGCCUGCGCAGUAGGGGGGGACUGUCGCUCUCUUUCUGAAGCGGCGUGCGCGUGCCUAGUCAUGCCGGAAGACAGCAGUGCUUCCCCUCCAGAAGGCUUCUGCGCAGUACCCCCCCCGUAUUCCAAGGCAGCCUCUGCUGGAGGGAGAUGUGUGAAGUUUGGAGAAGGAGGCCGUCGUCGGGCUGGACGACGCGUUGCUGGCAGGAGAGGUGGCAGACGCUCGAUGUGUGUUUCGGCUUGUGUGUUGAAAGGGGCUUUUGGAAACGCAAAUGUCGAUCCCAAACAGUCCAACAGCUCCCCCCUCGCUCUCAGCAGAAGCCCCUCAGUCGCUCGCACUGCUGCCUGCGCAGUUCUUGGAUUCGGCUCUGGCAUGCCUGUCCAAACAAAGCUGGCAGAGGAUCCUGUGAUAGGUCUGGUGAAUCUGGGAGGAGGGAGCUGCUUCCUCAAUGUAGUGUUGCAAUGCCUUGCGCAUAUACAGCCGCUUCGUGACUUUUACCUGCAUUACGGAACAAUGCUGCCUCCCUCGCAGCUCCUUGGUCGGCAAUACGAGGCAUACACGAGCUACUUGGAGGCUUCUCGGCAGCACGUGAGAAGACUGAAGCGAGGGCCCCACCAGCUUAUUCCUACGCCGACAUACACCACUUCUGUCACAUGGGAGCUGGCAGUGGUGAUAAACCACAUGUGGCGAUCACCGAGUAGCGUCCGCUUCCUGAAGCCUGAAGCUCUUUACCAAGUUUGCUGCCGCAUCAUGCCCGAUUUUGAUCCCCGAGAAAUGCAUGACAGCGAUGAAUUUCUACGCCUCCUCCUAGACUUCCUUGACGCCGAGCUGCGCGCAGCUGCUGCAGGCGUCCCCCUGCACAGGGCUUUGAUGAUGCAAGCUAUGCCCAAGAAGCUUAGCCGAUGGCCUUUUCGCCGCUCCGCGUCAAGCGAUGCUGCUGCUGCUGCUGCUGCUGCUGCUUCUGUUACGGCAUCGGGGCGUAUCGGUGGGGAAGCCGCUCUUCGCGCACACGGCGAGGCGAAUGGCGGCAACGUGCUGAAGGCUCCUGGGGAGGAAAAUACUCCCCAGACUGAGCUCUCGGCUGCAGCAACUGCACCAACCAGGGGGCACUCUGCAGAGGGAUACUAUCCUGCGGAUCUCUGUGAUAUAUCGACGCUUUUCUCCGUCUUCUUUGAAGGGGCCGAAGUUGACAAAGUGCGUUGCACGCGCUGCGGACGUUGCACAGCUACGCUGGUCCCCUUCAAGAGUCUCGCAGUGGCAAUGACUCGAGAGGCUCAGGAAGAAUCCUGCCAGCACGCGAGCCUUAGACUGAAGCCUGCUUCCUUCUUUCAUUUGCUGUCAAAAGUUGACCUCGUGGAAUGUCUCAACAGGCACUUUGCGGAUGACUGCGACUCCCUCAAGUUGUCUUCUGGCGAGGGGUACUUCUGUGAGCAGUGCAACUCCAAGCAAGAUGCAGUGAAGAGCUGCUCCCUAGUGCAAGAUCAUCUGCCUUUCAUUCUUUGCCUCACCCUCAAACGAUUCGUCCGUGGCAAGGAAACCUACAAAAUAUGGAACCCCGUUCACUUUGACGAUUUUGUGGAUCUCUCGCGAUAUGUCGAGGACUCUUCCGACGCAGACGCACCCCUCAUUAGCGAGGCUGCUUCAAGAACGCCCCCCAAGGCGGAAACGGGGGAGGCCUACACGGCGUCUUGGCGAUCUGGGAUCGAGGGCAAACCGACAUCGUCGAAUACACCCGCGUCAGACGAGGAGAGCCUCAACAAGGGGAGAGAAGCCCCUGCCUCGGAGGCUGCUUGUGCAGGUGUAUUACAGACCGCGGAAAAAAAGCCAGCCCAAGGGCCGUCGGCUCCCGAUGGCGCGCAUGCUCCUGCGGAGUCACGCACUGUCUCGACAGCUCGAAGAAACGAGCUUGAGCAACACGCGUCUAGGAGGUACACGUACAAGUUAGUGGCGCUUGUGGAGCAUGAAGGACCUGCUACUGAACAGGGGCACUACGUCUGUUACGUGAAACACAUUGGCUCCAAUGCGUGGUUCAGGGCAGACGAUAAAAUAGUGGAGCCCGUGGACUUGCAAAGGGUUCUCGUGGCGUGCCCUUACAUUCUUUUUUACCAGCGCCUUUCCUCUUCUGCGGAUUGCGCCGACUCGCAACACGCGGCAAGUGAAACGUGUGCUUCCCGGCAAUCUGCGGGUGCAGCGAACGAUGCAGUUGCAGGUGGUCAAAGCGACAAAGCAGGAGGAGGUCUGGGGCUUUCCAAACAGUUGACCAUUGCCAGCGGCCUCAGCAUGGGGCAGUGGCAAUCGUGGCAGCAACUGAUCAUUAGGCUGUUCACUUCCUCAAAUGUAGUUCCUAAAACUGGUGAGCUUGCAACCUGCGUUGGAUCUCGGAAUGUAAGGCAAGCUUCGCCGCACUCUUUGGCAACAGCUCUACAACAUGAGGGCUUAUUAGCCGAAUUAUGCGCUUUGCAUUUUUGCGCCUCUUGCCGUGCAGGUGAGAAGCCCGAGCCUGCGUCUAGGGGGCUUGCAAUGAACUGCUCCCUUCUAGAAUCGCAGGCCCAUCAUUUGAUGGGGGAGCAGGGUGCUCCCCCGGCGCUAGAAAUUUCAGACUGA